AAGCCCUCGCGCAAAUUACGUUUGAAGGGCGGUGCUGGACUCAACACAAGGAGGAGUGGAGUGUGGACGAUUAAAAAGUAAAGUUACAUGAGCUAACGCGGGACUAAACAUGACUCCCAAGCCUUAUAACCAUCUCAGAAAAAUAAGCGUGACAGUUUAAAGUAAGUCAAAUUGCGUGUUUCGGGUAGUUAUUCUUUAAAGCUAGGAAAAAGUUGUCCGGCUCGUGGUGGUUUAUGCUAACUGGAAGUACUCGACUCGGACGACUGGAGUCAUGGCUUUGAUAGCCACGGAGCAAGGCAGCAAAAUGAGCGUAGCACCGGCAAUUUAUGCCCCAGUUGGGCCCAGGAAAGACGCCUAUCACGGGAAAUCCCAAGCCAAAGAUGGAGACUAUUCCACGGACGGACUGCCCAAAGCGUUUCUUCACAGUUUGCGGACCCUUUUUGACAUCCUGGACGACGCCGGUCGCGGUUACGUCCAUAUAUCCGAGAUCGAGAGCCGCUGGCAGGGCGCCGACACUCGGGAGCUACCCGGCGGGGUGUUGAGCUGCCUCCGCCGGGUCACCCCUCCGCACGGCUGCCUCACGUUCGAGCGCUUUGUGGCGGGGCUUCGCUACUCGAUGCUUAACCCGGAGAAUCGCUGUCAGAUGAAGGCGCAGGCGGCUGUCCCUCCGCAGCCCGCCCCGCGGUCCGCGUGCACCCGGGUGGAGAAAAAGGUCCGCCCGUUGGCGCCGAGCAACGUGACCAACAUUCAGCCGCACCGGGCGUCCUCCCUGAUCAGUCGGCCCAGGCCGGAGGAGGGAGCCGGCCACCCGGUAUGCGGACCGGCCAGGUAUGGUGCGGGCUAUGAGAGACCCGGUCGGAGUCUUGAGCGGAUCCCGGCCCCUCAGGAAGCCGGCGGGUCUUACAGGGUGGAGCCGGGUCACGUCUCAAAGCCACCCCAGCAUCAGCAGAGCCGGGUGAGAUCCAUCGAGUCGCUGGCCCUGGAGUCACCCCAGCUCCAAGCAAGUGUUCCCAAAUCAACUUUGCCCAGAUCCCAAAGCGAGUCUGCGACGGGCUUCAGCGGAGGCUCCAGGCGACACAGCCGCGGUCGCGAGGAGCAGAGGCGCCACACGAUCACCAACGGAGUGGACUACGAAAUGCUGAAGCAAAUGAAGGAGCUGGAACAGGAGAAGGACUCCUUACUGGCGGGCCUGGAAGUGGUGGAGCGUGCCCGAGACUGGUACCAGGGCCAGAUCCACAAUGUCACCGAGAGGCAGCGGCAGGUCGGGCAGAACUCCCAAUGCACGGACUUUUUCACUGAAGCCAACCAGAGUCGCAUCAACAUUCUUAUUCCCAAACUACAGGAAGUCAACCGGUGCCUCAAUGACCUUAUUUGCUGCAAUGGAAUGCCGGGAGCACUCUCCACGACCUCGCAGCCACCGCUUCCUGCUCCACCACAAGCCAUCCUGAGACUGAAGGACCAGAACAGACUCCUCACACAGGAGGUGACCGAGAAGAGCGAGCGCAUCGCCCAGCUGGAGCAGGAGAAGUCGGCGCUGAUCAAGCAGCUGUUUGAUGCGCGUUCCCGCAGCGUCCAGGACACCAGCACCAUGGACUCCACCUUCAUCUGACCUUUACGCAGUAGGUCGGAUUCAUAAGACUGACGCCGUUUGUUUACCCGACUGACCCUUUGUGGCAGCCAUGCACCUUUUUCCAAAACCCCUUGACUGCAACUUGUAACGUCGUCACUCCACAAGCUAAUUGUGCACUCCGAGAGGCAGAAGCACUCCAAGGCACUGGACACCCAACCGCUUCAUUUUCUUGGCAGUCGGGCCAUCCCGCCCAGUUUUUAAUAGCCCAUAUUGAUAGCCCCGAAUGCAAAUAUACCAGAAACUAUGAUCCCCAAAUACCUAAAAUCUCAUUUCAUACUAGCCUUAUGAAAUCAAGUGGCUUAAAGGCGGUUUAAUUUUGAAAAAAAUGUAACAGAAGUGUGCAUGUACACGCACAGGCAGCAAAAAAAAAAAAUAA